AUGGGCCUUCCUGCCGACUUCGACGAUAGACACACACAUAUAGAGUCCGAGGCCGAUGCCUACCAUCCUUAUGAAUAUCAAACAGAAAACAACGAUUCCUGGGCUGGCGCCCUCCCGGUGAAGCAAGGACUAUACGAUCCGAGCUUGGAAAAAGAUGCAUGCGGUGUCGGUUUCGCCUGCCACAUCAAAGGCAAGGCGAGCCACAAAAUCGUUAGCGAUGCUCGCAACCUCCUUUGCAACAUGACCCAUCGUGGUGCGGUUGGUUCUGAUGCACGGGAUGGCGAUGGCGCUGGUGUUAUGACAUCGAUUCCCCACAAGUUCUUCAUCAAGAACUUCGAAAAGGAGGAAGGCAUUAAACUGCCUCCUCUGGGACAAUAUGCUGUGGGAAACCUUUUCUUCAAGCCGGAUGAGGAAACUUUGCAGGAGUCGAAGAGGCAGUUGGAAGAUAUUGCCGAAUCGCUGGGGUUAAGAGUUUUGGGUUGGCGAUCACCUCCUGUAGACUCUUCUCUCCUUGGACCUGCUGCGUCUUCGCGCGAGCCAUUCAUUCUGCAACCUUUUGUUGUUCUUGCUUCUGCGUAUGGCUCUGGAAAUGCUCCUGAAAUGACGGACCCAGAGAAAUUCGACGAGAGACUAUUCGAACGACAAUUGUAUGUCCUUCGAAAGCGUGCUACCCACUCCAUCGGCUUGCAUAACUGGUUCUAUUUAUGCUCGCUCUCUAACAAGAAUAUUGUCUACAAGGGACAGCUUGCUCCCAUCCAAGUAUACCAAUAUUACCAUGAUCUGGUAAAUGCUGAUUACGAGGCACAUUUCGCCCUUGUACACUCUCGUUUCUCUACCAACACCUUCCCCUCUUGGGAUCGCGCUCAACCCUUGAGGUGGGCAGCCCAUAAUGGUGAGAUUAACACGCUCCGCGGAAACAAGAACUGGAUGCGUGCCCGAGAGGGUGUCAUGCAAUCCGAUAUUUUUGGUGAUGAGCUUGAACAUUUGUACCCGAUUGUUGAAGCCGGUGGCUCUGACUCGGCUGCUUUUGACAAUGUUCUAGAGCUUCUUACUAUCAACGGUGUUCUUUCAUUACCCGAGGCCGUCAUGUUGAUGGUUCCUGAGGCCUGGCAAGGUAAUACUGCCAUGGACCCUAAGAAAGCUGCAUUCUAUGAAUGGGCGGCAUGCCAGAUGGAACCGUGGGAUGGCCCCGCUCUCUUUACGUUCGCCGAUGGUAGAUUCUGUGGUGCUAACUUGGACCGAAAUGGUCUUCGUCCUUGUCGAUACUACAUUAUGGACGAUGACCGCAUUAUCUGCGCCUCGGAAGUCGGUACUAUUCACAUUGAUCCCGAACGAGUGAUUCAGAAGGGUAGGCUACAACCGGGCCGCAUGCUUCUCGUCGAUACCCAAGCCGGCCGGUUGAUCGACGAUUCGGAGCUUAAGGCCACUGUUUCUAGCCGUGUUGAUUUCCGCUCUUGGAUCGAUAAAGAGCUUAUUAGCUUGCCGAAGGUCCUAGGUAAAAUAUCGGAGGAGAAAUCUAUAGAUAUUGCAGCGAAACCAGACUCUAGCCGGCUCCAGGAAGACCCUCUACUACUUGCUUUCGGAUAUACUUAUGAACAGGUCAGCUUGCUGCUCGCACCCAUGGCUUCAGACGAGAAGGAGGCAUUGGGAUCUAUGGGCAAUGACGCUCCCUUGGCUUGCCUCUCUCAAGCUCCUCGUUUACUCUACGAAUACUUCCGACAGCUUUUUGCCCAGGUCACGAACCCCCCUAUUGACCCUAUUCGAGAGUCUAUUGUUAUGUCCUUGGAGUGCUAUGUUGGGCCACAAGGUAACUUGCUCGAGAUGGACCCUUCCCAGUGCGCUCGGUUACUUCUCCCAAGCCCGAUCCUGUCCAUUCCCGAAUUCAACUCCUUAAUCAACAUGUCCAAGAUUCACCCUGAAUGGACUGUCAAAACGAUUGAUCUCACUUUCCCUAAAUCGGAGGGCACUGCUGGAUACCUGAAGCAUCUUGACUUUAUUUGCAACGAAGCUACCGCUGCUAUCGAAGCCAGGGAUCGCAUCAUUGUUCUUUCCGACCGAAAGACGUCUGCCGACCGCGUGGCUGUCUCGUCACUUCUCGCCUCGGGUAUGGUACACCACCAUCUCGUCAGUAAUAAGUGGCGAUCUAUGGCGGCUAUUGUGCUCGAAACUGCGGAGGCCAGAGAAGUUCAUCAUAUGUGCGUCUUGCUCGGCUAUGGUGCUGAUGCUAUCAACCCAUAUCUGGCAAUGGAGUGUAUUCUAAAGCUUAACCGUGAGGGCUUGAUCCGAAAGAAGCUUUCUGAUGAUACUCUUAUUGCCAACUACAAGCACUCUUGCGAUGGUGGUAUCCUUAAGGUCAUGAGCAAGAUGGGCAUCUCGACUUUGGCCAGUUAUAAGGGUGCUCAGAUCUUCGAGGCUUUAGGCGUUGAUGACGAAGUCGUGGAGCGAUGUUUUAGGGGUACAGCUUCCCGUAUCAAGGGCCUCACGUUUGAGCUCAUCGCCGAAGAUGCGUUCCGUUUCCACGAACGCGGCUUCCCCUCCCGCUACACCGUCGGAGUUCCCGGUUUACCGGAGUCUGGCGAAUACCACUGGCGUGAUGGUGGUGAAGCUCAUGUUAAUGACCCAACCUCCAUCGCGAAUAUCCAAGAUGCUGUGCGCACCAAGAAUGACAAAUCGUACGAGGCGUACUCUCGUUCGGAGUAUGAGCAGAUUAAGGCUUGCACACUGCGUGGUAUGCUUGACUUCAAAUUCGAGGAGAGCAACCCGAUUCCGAUUGAACAAGUAGAGCCGUGGACGGCAAUCGUUACGCGAUUCUGCACCGGUGCUAUGUCCUACGGUUCUAUUUCCAUGGAGUCUCACUCUACUCUAGCUGUUGCUAUGAACAGACUAGGUGGCAAAUCAAAUACCGGUGAGGGUGGAGAGGACCCUGAGCGAUCGCAAGUAAUGCCCAAUGGCGACACAAUGCGGUCUGCCAUCAAGCAAGUUGCUUCGGGACGGUUCGGCGUCACAUCAGCAUAUCUUGCCGAUUCUGAUGAACUGCAAAUCAAGAUGGCACAAGGCGCCAAGCCUGGUGAGGGUGGUGAACUUCCUGGCCACAAGGUGUCCAAAUCUAUUGCUCGAACCCGUCACUCGACUCCUGGUGUCGGUCUUAUCUCGCCUCCUCCUCAUCACGAUAUUUACUCCAUUGAGGAUCUAAAGCAACUCAUCUACGAUCUAAAGUGCUCAAGCCCCCGAUCUCGCGUCUCCGUCAAGCUCGUCUCCGAGACAGGUGUUGGUAUUGUCGCUUCUGGUGUCGCAAAAGCAAAGGCUGAUCAUAUUCUAAUCUCUGGACAUGAUGGCGGCACUGGUGCCAGCAGGUGGACUGGUAUCAAGUACGCUGGUUUACCUUGGGAACUUGGUCUUGCCGAGACUCAUCAGACCCUUGUCUUGAACGAUCUGCGUGGGCGAGUUGUGGUCCAGACAGAUGGUCAACUCCGAACCGGACGUGAUGUUGCCAUCGCCUGUCUACUUGGUGCCGAAGAAUGGGGCUUUGCUACGACUCCCUUAAUCGCCAUGGGAUGCAUCAUGAUGAGGAAGUGCCAUCUCAAUACUUGCCCUGUAGGUAUCGCCACUCAAGACCCGGAGCUUCGUAAGAAGUUCAAGGGUACACCUGAGCAUGUUAUCAACUUCUUCUACUACGUCGCCAAUGAGCUCCGAGCCAUCAUGGCCCAGCUUGGAUUCCGGACGAUCAACGAAAUGGUGGGGCAUGUAGAGUGCCUUAAGGUCCGGGAUGAUCUGCGAACUAACAAGACCGCCAACAUUGACCUCUCGCUUAUCCUUACACCUGCCCACAAGCUCCGACCCGGCGUCGCAACAUUUAACGUUCGAAAGCAGGACCACCGUCUCUAUGUCCGACUUGACAACAAACUCAUCUCAGAAGCUGAAUUAACCCUUGAUAAGGGACUUCCAUCUCGUAUCGAGUGUGAUAUUGUCAACACGGACCGAGCCAUGGGUACUUCGCUGUCCUACCAAAUUUCCAAGCGAUACGGAGAAGCUGGCCUACCAAUGGACACAGUGCACGUCAAUAUUAAGGGCUCUGCCGGUCAGUCUUUUGGUGCCUUCCUUGCUCCUGGUGUCACAUUGGAACUGGAAGGCGAUGCCAACGAUUAUGUCGGCAAGGGUCUGUCGGGUGGUCGACUUAUUAUCUAUCCUCCUCGGUCGGCUGUAUUUAAGGCUGAAGAAAACGUCUUGAUUGGUAAUGUUUGCUUGUACGGAGCCACCAGCGGUACUUGCUUCUUCCGAGGCGUCGCUGCCGAGCGUUUCGCUGUUCGGAAUUCGGGUGCGACAGCAGUCGUUGAAGGUGUUGGCGACCACGGUUGUGAGUACAUGACUGGUGGCCGUGUCGUCAUCUUGGGAAGUACUGGUCGCAACUUCGCUGCUGGUAUGUCAGGCGGUAUCGCUUAUGUUCUUGACAUUCACGGCGACUUCGUGGCCAAGCUCAACACGGAGAUGGUUGAGGCCUCCGAGGUUGAGGACCCUACCGAGAUUGCUUUCCUCCGUGGAUUAAUUGAAGAUCACCACCAUUACACUGGAUCCGAGUUGGCUGCUCGCAUCCUCGUUGACUUCAACAGGGCGCUCCCGCGCUUUGUUAAGGUCCUUCCGGUCGACUACAAGCGGGUGCUUGAAGAAGAAGCUGCUAAGGCUGCUGAGGCAAAACGUGCCGAGUACAACCUCCCCAUUGUUUCCGGUGUCCAAGCCAAGAAGGAGGAGAAGGCCGCGAAGCUUCAGGAUAUCGAGGAGACCAUCGGUGACAAUGCUGCUGAGAAGAAACGUGCUCUGGUUCUCGACAAGACGAAGGGAUUUAUGAAAUACCAACGUCGAUCAGAAAAGUAUCGCAGCGUCAAGACGAGGACCAAGGACUGGGCAGAGCUAUCUCAACGUCUGAGCGAAGAUGAACUCAAGUACCAGUCCGCGCGAUGCAUGGACUGCGGUGUUCCAUUUUGUCAAUCCGAUACGGGAUGUCCCAUCUCCAAUAUUAUCCCGAAGUGGAACGAACUAGUCUUCCAGAACCAGUGGCAAGAUGCUCUCAACCGCCUGCUCAUGACUAAUAAUUUCCCCGAAUUUACUGGUCGCGUAUGCCCUGCGCCUUGUGAAGGUGCUUGUGUUCUUGGCAUCAACGAGGAUCCUGUUGGUAUCAAAUCCAUCGAGUGCGCAAUUAUUGACCGUGGCUUCGAGAUGGGCUGGAUGGUACCACACCCGCCUGAGGUGCGAACUGGAAAGAAGGUCGCCAUUAUUGGUUCCGGACCUGCUGGCCUUGCUUGUGCCGACCAACUGAACAAGGCUGGGCAUACUGUUACUGUCUAUGAGCGUGCCGAUCGAGUUGGCGGUCUACUCAUGUACGGUAUCCCCAACAUGAAACUCGACAAGCGUGUCGUGAAGCGUCGAACGGACUUCAUGGCUGCCGAGGGCGUACAGUUUAAGACUGGAGUCACUGUUGGCGAGGACAUUACCUUGAUGGACUUGAAGGCGAAGAACGACGCUGUAGUUAUUGCAACUGGUGCCACGGUUGCUCGAGACCUUCCUAUCAAGGGCCGCAACCUCGACGGCAUCCACUUUGCGAUGGAGUUCCUGCAUAAGAAUACUAAAUCGCUACUCGACUCCGAACUAGCUGAUAAUGCUUACCUCUCUGCCAAGGACAAGAACGUCGUGGUCAUUGGCGGUGGUGACACUGGUAACGACUGCAUUGGUACUUCUGUCCGUCAUGGCGCCAAAUCAGUGAUCAACUUCGAGCUCCUGCCUCAGCCUCCACCACAACGAGGCCGUGACAACCCCUGGCCGCAGUGGCCUCGUAUCUACCGCGUUGACUACGGCCACACGGAAGUGGCUCAGCACAUGGGCAAGGAUCCUCGUGAGUACUGCAUCAUGUCCGAGGAGUUUGUAGACGAUGGCAACGGUCGUGUCAAGGGUAUCAACACCAUUCGCGUCGAGUGGACUAAGUCUGCUACUGGGGGUUGGGACAUGAAGAAGCUCGAGGAUACUAAGCAGUUUUUCCCCGCUGACCUUGUCCUCCUCUCCAUGGGUUUCCUCGGCCCUGAGGCUCGUGUUCUUGGCGACGAGAUCGAGAAGGACGCUCGAAAGAACGUCAAGACUCCUGCUGGCUCCUAUGCCACCAAUGUACCGGGCAUCUUCGCGGCUGGCGACUGUCGUCGUGGACAGUCGCUAAUCGUCUGGGGUAUUAACGAAGGACGACAAGCCGCUCGUGAGGUCGACCUAUACCUAGAGCACUAUACUAACCUGCCCGUCACUGGUGGCAUUGUAAAGCACACAGCGCAGGAAAUCUUUAGUGUUGCCGCGGCGUAA